AUGCGUACGAGCGCAUCAAGGCCGAUGUUCCUGUUGGCGUCAACCUGUGGUGAAAGUGCCUCUCUCUAUUUGGACGCACAACACCAAGCUCCACAUCAAGAAAUCGAGCCGAUGGAUACGGGAGGCGGCGGUGGACGGCUGGUGGCACUACGAUGGCGGCACUACGGGAACGACCGGCCAGGCAAGCACUCGUCAAGUUGCAAUCAGUCUCGGCAGGUGACGGCUAUGCAAACGCAACAACAGGUACGAACGAACGAGGAGAUUCUGACAAGGAUUAUUGCGCAGCACAACCAGCUCCAGCAGCUCAUUGCGCAAGAAGGUAGGACCCGCGACAGUUCGGCUGCUGCUUUGAGAGGUUGGUUGGAGACUUGGCUUGGCGCGGAGCUGACGAAACUCAAUGGAAAUAUUUGCAGGAUUGCUGUUCAGCCUCCAAGGAUGGCAACACCUGAUCAGGUAGAUGGUAAUCUUUUUAGAAAUGGGUUGACUGUGGAAAGGACUCGCCGGAAUGGCCAGACUAGCCUCAGGUACAGACAGCUGUGCCACCACCCUGCUGAUAGUAGCCUGCCAAGCUAG